UCUUGUAGUCCAGGCUGGUCUCGAACUCACAGAGAUCUGCCUACCUCUGCCUCCCGAGUGCUGGGAUUAAAGGUGUGUGCCACCACCGCCUGGCUUCAUUUUACUUUUUGUAUUGAUUUACUUUGGAUGUAAUUUUUAGGUGUGUUUCCCUGAACAUUACUUUCAUUCUAUCACUACGCAUGACAGGGUAGAUUAAUAGUUAGUCCAUGUAUUAUUAGAAUUUGUCCUGGUGCAUUUGUGUGUGUGUGUGUGUGUGUGUGUGUGUGUGUGUGUGUGUGUGUGUGUGUGUUCCAGGAUCUUGUACGUGCUAGACAAACACUUUAACACUGAGCUAUAGGCCGUUCCUUAGCUUCAAUAUAUUGUUGAGACAAGGUUCAGCCAUGUUGCCCAGACUGACCUUGAACUUACAACCUUUCUGUCUCAACCUCCUGAAUAGUUAGGGCUACUGGUGCAGACCACUGCAUCUGGCUUCAGCUGUAAUUUUUGACCAACUCUAAACAGACCAGUUUAAGCACUCCGCUUAACAUACUCACUGCCACCAUGUGUCAGAAUAGUUGUGACAACUUACAGGAGAACUUAGCCUGCAGCUACAACAACAAAAUCAACAGAAAUAUACAGCAGAUAGCUAGACAUGUAGCAAUUGGGUUGUUAGUAGGAUCUAUUUGAGGGAAGUUCACAAGACCUACCCCUGACUCUUCCCUGAUAUUUCAACCCCCAUUCCACCCUUUCCCAGCAUUAGGUAGGCAAGGGCUGACUGUAAGAAGUAAAAUGUUGACUGAGGGUGAGUCUUUUUGGUGGUACAGCUGUCUCAGUAAGUACCCUUGAUUUGUUUUAAAAGUGGGGAGGGCAGAAUCUUUCUUUAAUCUGUUAGACCCUUCCUUCUUUGGGGUGAAUAAACAUUUGGAAAUUUACACAGUUGCAUACCACAAUUCCAGGAUGGGCACAAUAACUCAGCAAACCAACAAAGAAUCUGUCUCCUGCUGUGGUGAAAAUAAUGGAUACUGUUUCAUUGACACUGCAAAGCACACAAAGAUGCAACAAAUUUUGGAGAAAUUUUGUUCCAUGUUCUUAACCAGUCUCCAAUAAAUGCUAUCUGGUUGCAGGUUUUUUACUUACAUAUAAAAGAAAUAAACUGGAAGCAACAAUCUAUGUGCUACAGUUCCUUCUUUGGGUAUUAAUUUAUAAUGAUUCUCAAAUCUAGCUGUCUCAGUACAGUUUUCAUUUAGAUUGGAAACUGUAAACUUCAGACUGAUAGAGGUAACUUUGUAAUUAGGAAAAGCAGUGUUUCCUUCCUCUAAGAAAUACUUAAAUACUUCCUCUGGUUGGCAUUUACGUUUGUUGACAAACUUAGAUACAAUAAUAAGCCUCAAUCUCAGAGAUUUGACAAUCUAAUAGGGGAAAAGAGACUAACCCAUGACAACAAAGCAAGUGUGAAGUUGUCCCUGCCACUGGGAUGCCAAGCUGGAGAGGGUAAACUUACGCUCCCAGAGAGGAAUUUGGUAGGGGUGGAGAGGUGCUCCACGGGGCUCUGGCUUGAGGAGAUGCUCUGUGACGAGAAUGUCACUAACUCUAACCCUGGAACAGACCCGGACCUGGAAGGUCACCUCGGCCACGUGCUCCCAACCGUUGCCACCAGCAUCCGGGCACCCGAGCAGCCAACGGUCCCUGGGUCCCAGACCGUUGGGGUGCAAGCCGCUUGGCAGCAGCUCCUGUGAACAACUGCAUUGCGACAUGAUCUCCUCCAAGGUGGCCCCCAGAGCGGAAGGUCAGCGGGAGAUGUUGUCUGAAGGUCGGUUGGAGGCAGCGCCACCUAGCGAGGCGGGCCCUAGCUGGGCUGCAGGGCCGCCAUCGGAGCGCCUGCCACCCCUGGGUCAGGAGGCACCUCCGCCACUUCGCUGCCAUACCGACUGCUUAGAAGCACCCCUGUCGCGCUGCUUCCUGCGCCUUGGUGCCUCGGUGGGUACGCACCCCUGGCUGUUUUUGCUUGGGCCGGCGCUGCUGACGGCCGCGCUGGGCACAGGCCUCCUCUUCUUGCCCAAGGAGAAGGAGAACCUGGAGGAGCAGUACACACCGAUUGGAAGCCCUGCCAAGGCUGAGCGGCGCUUCGUGCAGAGUCACUUUAGCACCAAUGACACUUACCGCUUCUCCGCCUCCAGGACCAGCUCAGAGGCCAACUUCGCAUCCAUCCUGGUGGUGUCUCUCACCAACUCGCUGCUGGAGCCGAGGAUAUUUACGGAGGUGAGCAAGUUGGACAGAGCGGUGCAGGCGCUGAAGGUGGUACAGGAAAACGGAACACAGAUCCUUUACAAAGAGGUGUGCGCCAAGUACAAGACCCUGUGUGUGCCACCCAACCCUCUGCUGCAUGCCUGGCAGCAUAACUCGACAUUGGAUCUGUCAAACCUCAUGUUCCCCAUCCAUAACUUGCCCAACCGCCUCAUCUACUUGGCGGGCUUCUUUGGGGGAAAUGUCUUGGGCGAAACGAUGGGAAAAAAUCAGCGACUUGUGGAGUCCCGAGCAAUGAGGCUGCUGUACUACCUCAAGACCGAGGAUCCGGAGGACAGUGAGCGUAGCAAGGCAUGGCUGACUCACUUUCUAGACCAUUUUAAGGACAUGAAGAGCACUCUGAGUUUGGAACAGACAGAGGUAGUCUACUUUACAUCCCUUUCAAGACAGCUGGAGUUUGAGGCAACCUCCAAGACUGUGAUCCCUCUGUUCCACCUGGCAUACAUUUUAAUCAUACUGUUUGCAGUGGUAUCAUGCUUCAGGUUGGACUGUGUAAGAAGCAAAAUGUUGGUAGCAGUCUUUGGAGUGUUUUCUGUUGCCAUGUCAGUGGUGAGUGGCUUUGGCCUGAUGCUGCACAUAGGGGUCCCAUUUGUGAUCAUAGUUGCAAAUUCACCGUUUCUUAUUCUUGGUGUUGGGGUUGAUGACAUGUUUAUUAUGAUUUCUGCCUGGCAGAAGACCAGCCUCACGGAAAACAUAAGAGAACGACUCUCCAAUGCAUAUUCAAAGGUGGCAGUGUCCAUUACAAUCACCACUGUCACCAAUGUCCUUGCUUUCUAUACAGGAAUCACCAGUUCUUUUAGAUCUGUACAGUAUUUUUGCAUCUAUACAGGAACCACGCUGCUCUUUUGCUAUUUUUAUAAUAUCACCUGUUUUGGAGCAAUUAUGGCUCUAGAUGGUAAAAGAGAAAUUACAUGCUUCCGCUGGCUGGAAAAGCCAGACCAAAAAUAUGCCUCAUUAAAAAAAUCCUGCUGUGUCCCAUUUGGUUCAGCCCCAGAUGAACAUGGAGAAGACAAGCAUCCAAUGAAUUUGUUCUUUAGAGACUAUUUUGGUCCUUUCCUCACAACGGCCAAAGCCAAGUUUUUUGUAGUGCUGAUAUAUAUUUUUUAUAUCGUAAGCAGUAUAUACGGAUGCUUCCAAGUGCAGGAAGGGUUAGAUCUUCGGAACCUGGCAAGUGAUGAUUCCUACAUCACACCAUAUUUUAAUGUUGAAGAAGAUUAUUUCUCAGAUUAUGGUCCAAGGGUUAUGGUCAUUGUUACUGAAAGUGUUAACUACUGGGAUGGUGAUGUAAGACAGAAACUGGACAAAUGUAUGUUAAAAUUUGAAGAAAAUGAAUAUGUAGAUAAAAAUCUCACAGAGUUUUGGUUGGGAGCUUAUAUUCAAUAUAUGAAUAGCAGUGGAAAUGAUCCUAAUGACAAGAAUACAUUUAUGAAUAAUAUUUCAGGGUUUUUAAAAAUGUAUCCUGUUUUUACAUUUGAUGUUAAUAUUUCCUCAUCAAAUGAAAUCACUUCUUCCCGGGGCUUCAUCCAGACUGUAGAGGUUUCUUCCUCAAGCAAUAAGAAGAGAAUGUUACUACAGUUACGAGGCAUAGCUGAAAACUGUGAAGUUCCCUUAAUGGUGUAUAACCAAGCAUUCAUAUAUUUUGAUCAGUAUGCUGCAAUAAUAGAAAACACUGUCCGAAAUAUCAUGGUUGCAUCAACAGCUAUGCUCAUUGUUUCCUUAUUGUUAAUCCCUCACCCAGUGUGCUCCUUGUGGGUUACUUUUGCUAUUGCUUCUGUGAUUGUGGGAGUUACCGGUUUCAUGGCAUUCUGGAAUGUUAAUCUUGAUUCCAUAUCCAUGAUUAAUCUUGUUAUUUGUAUAGGUUUUUCUUUUGAUUUUUCUGCACACAUCUCCUAUGCAUUUGUUUCCAGUACUGAGACCUCAGUAAACAAAAAGUCAAUUGAGGCCUUAUAUAUGCUAGGCUAUCCAGUGUUGCAAAGUGCAAUUUCAACAAUAAUAGGGGUGUGUGUUUUAUCUGCAGCUAAAGCUUACAUCUUCAGGACAUUUUUUAAGAUUAUGUUUCUUGUUAUGUUUUUUGGGGCUGCUCAUGGCCUAGUUUUUAUUCCAGUAUUCUUAACCUUUUUUUGAAAGUUAGUUUGAAUACACAGUAACAAAUAACCCUAGCCAGUUAUAGAAUUCCUAACAACCUGAAUCCAGUCUUAUUAUAAAAUGUACUAAUUAAGACUAGUCAAUAGAAAAAGAGAUGAAAUUAGAAGGGGCAUUUCAGGAUAAGAAGAAGCAGGGGUGAGGGUUAGAGGGAAGGGAGGUAAUGUGGGACUAAACAAAGCACAUUGUAUACAUGUAUGAAAAUGUCUCAAUAAAAACCAUUAGUUUGUCCAAUUGGUAUACACUAAUGAAAUAUGAAUUAUUAAUGUAUAACUGAAAACAGAUAUAAAUUGUUAAAAAUAGUCAUUUCACUUUAAAGAUGUUUCCUUGGCUUUGAAGUUCUUUAAUAUAUUCUGAGAAAAAUUAAAAUAUCUUUACUUAAUUGAUAGAAGUGUUAUCAUCUUUAUUCCAGUGUCUACAAUAAGUCUUAGUUUUCUAUUGCUGUGAUAAAGACAAUGACCAAAAUAAACUUUGGAAGGAAAGGGUUUAUUUCAGUUUAUAGCUUACAACCCAUCAUGAAGGGAAGUCAGGACAGGAACUUGGAGGCAGGAACUUAGACAGAGACUAUUGAAAAAAAUGCUACUUACUGGAUUGCUCCUCAUGGCUUGCUCAGCCUAGUUUUUUACAUACCCUAAGACACCUCUCCAGGGAUGGACCUACCUAAAAUUGGCUGGGCUCAUAAAGGAACUAUAAGCUAGAUCCUAAGGGUAACGAGCUGUCAAAGAUAAGACCUCUCUCUCUCUCUCUCUCUCUCUCUCUCUCUCUCUCUCUCUCGC